AUGGCUUACAAAAGCUUCUAUCUAGUAUUCCCUAUUGCACUCCUUAUCCUUCCUUUCUUCAAUUCUCCAUCUUUUGCUCAAAUUACUCCUACCAUUAAUCCUGUCUCACCAGACAGAAUUUGCAAGUUCACCAGGGACCCUUUGUACUGCAAGUCUGUCCUCCCUAAUUGGGGUAAUGUCUACGAUUAUGGUCGGAUUUCUGUCCAAAAAUCCCUCUGGCAGUCCCGUAUAUUCUUCUCCCUCAUUGAGUAUUACCUCAGAACACAAUCCAGAUCUUUGAAAACACCGGCAAUUCGGGCUCUGCAAGAUUGUAAAUUCCUAGCCAGUCUGAACACGGAUUUCUUAACCAGCUCGUAUCAAACCCUCAGCAAUGCCAACCAGACAUUACCCGAAUCGCGAGCCGGCGAUGCACAAACAUUGCUUAGUGCAAUCUUAACAAACCAACAGACCUGUUUAGAUGGAAUACGAGCCACUGCUCCUUCUGAUUGGAGAGUAGGAAACGGAGCCUUCACCGUCCCUCUAUCGAAUGACACAAAGCUUUUUAGUGUUUCUCUAGCUCUGUUCAUGAAGGGCUGGGUUCCUGAGAGGAAGAACAGUACUGCCAGGUGGCCGUGGCAGCCGACGAAGGUCCAGCAGCUGUUUCUGAAUGGGAAAUUGCCACUUAAGAUGUCAAACCAGACAAGGGAAAUUUAUGAGAGGGUUUGCAGAAGGAGAAGUAGUGGUGAUGAUAGUGAAAAUUAUGUGUUGGUGAGUGAUAUUGUGGUCGUGAGUCAAGAUGGGAGUGGGAAUUUCAGUACCAUCAAUGAUGCAGUUGCGGCUGCUCCUAAUAAUACAGACGGUACCAAUGGCUAUUUCUUGAUUUAUGUCACCGCCGGGGUUUAUGAAGAGUAUGUUUCCAUUGCCAAGAAUAAGAUGUUCUUGAUGAUGAUCGGAGAUGGCAUUAAUCAGACCAUAAUUACCGGCAACCGGAGCGUUGUUGAUGGCUGGACUACUUUCAAUUCCGCAACAUUUGCUGUGGUGGCACCAAACUUUGUUGCAGUUGAUAUAACCUUUCGAAACACAGCCGGAGCGGCCAAGCAACAGGCGGUGGCCUUGCGAAGUGGUGCUGAUUUAUCUACCUUUUAUAGCUGCAGCUUUGAAGGCUACCAAGACACAUUAUACACACAUUCUCUAAGACAAUUCUACAGAGAAUGCGACGUCUAUGGUACAGUUGAUUUCAUAUUUGGAAACGCAGCCGUUGUACUCCAAAACUGCAACAUGUACCCGCGACUACCGAUGGCCGGACAAUUCAACACAAUCACCGCGCAGGGUCGAACGGACCCGAAUCAAAACACAGGGACUUCUAUCCAUAAUUGUACAAUCAGAGCUGCCGAUGAUUUGGCUUCAUCAAAUAUCACUGUCCAGACAUAUCUAGGCAGGCCAUGGAAGGAGUAUUCGAGGACUGUUUACAUGCAGAGUUUUAUGGAUGGUCUGAUUAGUCCUGCCGGGUGGUCUAUAUGGAGUGGAGACUUUGCACUCAAUACCUCAUAUUAUGCAGAGUAUGGUAAUUCCGGACCCGGAUCCAACACCUCUAAUCGGGUCACUUGGCCCGGUUACCAUGUGAUUAACGCUACUGAUGCUGGCAAUUUCACAGUGUCUGCAUUCUUGCUUGGAGAUGACUGGCUGCCACAAACAGGAGUCCCUUACACUGGUGGUUUAAUUUGA